GUUGAAUUCAUAUUGAAACUUAUCGAAGCUCGAAGCGAGAUAGUAGAGAAACAAUAAGGUAUUUCUAAUUAACACCCCUUCCCAGGUACUGGUGGGUGUGCACUCCGUUCGACAUGGCUACCUUAGUAUGGAGUACACUGUUUUUGGCUUUGGCUGCACUGGUGGUAAAAGCAGAAUACGACCCGGACAUCUGCACACUACAAAAAUUGAGUUCUGGGUUGAUUCCUCCACCAUUGCCGAAAAAUUUCCAGGGGAAGGCGGACUCCUUAGAUUACAACCAGAAGACGGUUCGAUAUGAAGAGAUGAAUUUCGACUACAGUAACAAUCUCGCCAAAUAUAUGCUUGUGGAGAAUGGCAUCGAGCACCAUUUUCUCUUCGACAACAAGGUCAAGCAGGUCGUUGAAUAUGACAUCCUCCAUCCUGGCAAAAACUUCAAAGACGAUCCUCUGUCUUGGGGGUGUGAAGCUAAAGACGUAGAAGGUUCCGAAUACAGGGAUAUGUUUGGCUACAGGGAUAGCAACAUGUACAACUCAUAUGAGACCCUUCAGUAUGGACAGUCUCAUCGUUACGCCUUCAACGGAACGUAUCGUAUGGACCAGAGGGGGUUACUUGUUGAUAGUUUUAUAGGGUGCGUCUACAACCAAGACCUGGAGGCUACCCUCCGUAUGAACUACUCCUUUACGAAUGCUGCGGUUUACACUUCGGGUGGUACAAGCGUUGAAGAUGUCCUCGGAAUAGAGGAUGGCAUGCUCUCCGUUCCCACAAAGUUGGAUGAAUUCGGGGUCAUCUACGAUUCCACUUCAGGGCAAAAGCAACUGGUCAACAUCAGCUCCAAUAUCUUUUGGUUCAAGGGCGAGCCUGAAUUUGAUCGUAACACUUUCAAGAUACCAGUAUACAUGUAUUGCAAUAAUUAUCGGGGUAGAAAGCAAAUGCCUGAUAUUCCUGACGCUUUCAGCACCAGAGUGCAGGUGACAACUAUUUCCAGAGAUAGUUUAGGCGCACUGGCAAAUCCUGAAGUCACUGGUUACGAAGAGGUUUAUUACUACAGAGACAAAGACCUCGCACGCCGAGACUUCGUUCCAGAUCCGAACGUUGAUACAGAUAUCAAGAACUGGCUGGGCUUGGAUCCAGUGAAGUCUGUCUACGAUUUCAACACUGGUGUCUUGUAUAUUACAAGUAUACCAACAGGCAAAUGUGUGACAACUUACAUACCUCUUGGCGACCGCUUCGACGCUGUUGGUCAACACAUGUACAUCGAGUUGGCCGAACCAGAGGAAAUCUUCCGCAUACAAUCCAAUGAGAAACAGUACAAGGGCAGUCAUUUCAUCCGUGACAUCGAAACUGACGUCUUUGCAGGCAGAUAUUUCGAUGAACAUGUAAAUGCAUCAUACAUUAAGGAGACUUACAUGGCAACGAACGGCUGGCACGAAGAAGCUGACGAUUUUCUUGGGUACGCAGUUCCCAUUAAACACGUCCUUUUCCCAGAACAGUUGUCUGGAGAGUUGGUAGAAAAUAUAACGGAGUACCAUUUCUUCAAAUUCAAAGCGACUCCCCCACGUUUGAUGGAUUUCGACGUCAGCAACUGCAUCGAGACUAUCCAACAUAAGGAAUACGCCAUCAUACUUACUUUGACCAAUGAUGAAAGAAAUACCCUAUAUAAGUAUAAAUUUUUGUUCCAAGAGAGUGCUCAAUAUUACCUCACUGAAAUAACUCAAGUUUUCACUCCUCUUCGAAUCCAAAGAGUGCAGCUGAGACAACUGUCUCUUGCGGAUGUCCGGCCAACCCUAGCGUUCACUUUGGUGGGCAAGGCAACUCUGAGGACCAAUACCCCUAUAGGGCAACCCGGAGCCUCUCUCAAAGAUGCUACAGACAAUCUUCGAAAAUUCAUCGAUAGGAACCAGUUCUCCCUCAAAUUCGUACCUCCCAAACAAGGCAGAGAAGAUGAGCCAGUGCCUAUCUAUGCGAAAGCAUUCAGAGGCGAUUUGUAUGAGCGCACAGCAGGUGGACUUCAAGCUCCUGAAUCCGAUGAUUAUGACGAGGAAGUGCUCCCAACUCUCCAGUAUGCAGAUGAAGAAGAAGAAGAAGGAGAAAAGAAAGGAAUGUCACCAGGAAGUCUAGGUCUCCUGGCAGUUGCAAUGCUAUUCAUCGGCAUCGGAAUAGGUAUUGCAGUUAUGUAUCUCUACCUGAGACAAAAGGCUGACAAAUCCCAAGAAGACAGGAUAGUUCUUCAAGUGUCUAAAGCGCCAGAUGCUUAAAGAGAAUAUUUACAUUCUGAGUUUAUCUAGAACAUUCAUUGAAAUGUUGUCUGAGCGUUUUUCAAGGUGUUGAACAUUAAAAAAAUAUUGAUGAUUUAUUGGUGCAAAUUAAUUUUAUACCAUUGAAUAAUGUUUAUGAUGUUAAAAUGAUUUCAAUAUUCGAAUCUAAUACUUACCCUUAACAUACUAUCUGUUAAUUUGUUUAAAUUAUGUUUCUGAAGCAACUGUCAUACUAAUUGUUUAAAACAACAAUAGAUUUAUAAGAGAAUAUGAAAAUUUUCAUAUCUGCUAGAAAUGUAAAGGCUUUAAAUUAUAAUAAAAUACAAAGUUAAAAUGCAAUGGUACAAAUUAAGAGCUAGUUGUAAAUAUUAGUUAUAUAAUUAUGCAAAUGCUAUUGGACUUCGCUCAGAACAACAAAAUUUGCCUCUGGUAGGUUUUUCUUUUGUACAUAGUAAAAAAACUAUUUAAAGUUUUGUAGUAUGUGUUUUUUCUUUGUCAAUCUGUUUGAGUGAGUAAAUGGAUAAUCAAAUUGAUGAUGUGCCUUUUAUUAAAAGACAAUAUUUAGCAGAAUGUAUGUAAAUAAAAAUAAAUUCCAAACUG